GGACGCUUAAGCCCACCGCACACCGGACGAUUUUUACGAACGAUGAAACGAUGAAACGAUGAAACGAUGAAACGAUGAAGCGAUGUAGGUGUGCGGGGAACACCUACGAUAAUUUCUGCAAGGUGGCGCCAUCUUUCCAUGUGGAUUUUUUCUGGAAAAUGGCAGCCGUCGAUUUGGCAUAUUUGCAACAAGUUGCUGUGUUUAUUUUAAUCAUUUUCAAGCGUUUACGCCGGCGAAGGAAUAGAAGAAACCGUCAAACAUGGACCAGGCAGUGGAUUCAAAGACGGCGAACACUGGGAAUAGUACGAAACUUGCAGCAGGAACUGUAUUUAGAAGACACUGAAGGAUUCAGACAAUACUUGAGGAUGAGCCCCGAGUCGUUUUUACAUAUUUUGGACAAGAUCAAGGACAAGAUCACUAAAGAAGACACUGUUAUGCGACAAGCUAUAACAGCCAAAGAAAGGCUAUCAGUUACUCUAAGGUUUCUGGCUACAGGGGAGAGUUUCCGCAGUCUUUCAUUCCAGUACAGAAUGGGUGAAAGGACCAUCUCCGAGAUUAUAAAAGAAACGACUGCAGCGAUUGUUGAUACAAUGAAGAAUGAAUAUUUGAAGACUCCAUCGACCGAAGUAGAGUGGAAGGCCAUUGCAAAAAACUUCAAUGAAAAGUGGGACUUUCCUUUGUGUCUCGGAGCUCUCGAUGGCAAACAUGUUGCCAUUAGGCAACCUGGCUAUAGUGGUAGCCAGUUCUUCAAUUACAAACACUUUUUUAGUGUCAUAUUGUUGGCAUUAGUUGAUGCGGAUUACCGCUUCAUAUAUGUAGACAUAGGAGCAGCAGGCCGCUGUGGAGAUGCCGGAGUAUUCAGAGAAUCAACGCUUAAGAAGGCCAUGGAUGAUAAUUCCCUGAACUUUCCGACAGCUGAAAAUCUUGAAGAAACAGGGCCUAAAUGUUCAUAUCAAAUAAUCGGAGAUGAUGCAUUUCCUCUUCAGCAUAACAUCAUGAAACCAUACCCGCAUAGAAAUAUGGACCACAAUCAAAAGAUUUUCAACUAUCGUCUGUCAAGGGCAAGGAGGGUAGUCGAGAAUGCCUUUGGCAUUUUGGCCAACAGGUUUCGAGUUUUCUCAACAACAAUCUGCUUGGAUCCAGACUUUUUGGACUACAUAAUCAUGAGUGCGUGCAUACUCCACAAUUUCCUAAUUGUUAAUCAGUCAGCACAUUAUAAUCCUCCAAGAUUUGCCGAUUAUGAGGAGGACAACCACGUAGUGCAACCCGGUCAAUGGAGGAGGGAGCAAAAUUUACGUGGAUUAGCAGUACGUGAUUGUGCAAGAAAUACGAAAACCAGUGCAAAAGGACAAAGAGAGUUAUUAAAUGAGUACUUUAAUGGUAUCGGUGCUGUUGAAUGGCAGGAAGCUAUGAUACAGUAAACUAGUGUUAAUAAGUUUACUUACUUCC